CCGCUAUCUCCCAGUGACUCCCACGCAAUUGACUCGGCUUUUGAGGCUUCGACAUAGGAAUCAGUGGCUGAACGCGCCCCACGAUUAUUCUCCGUCGAUCUGCGGCUUGUCAUUGAUCCAUUGGUCACUAGUACUCUCUAAGAUACGCGCUACAGACACAAUCCCUCGAGUUUAUCCUUUAUCGAUCCGCCCCUCUCUGCAUCUCCCGCUUCCCCUCCAUUCCCACCAAUAAUUAUAGCAUUUCGCAACACAGCAGAAGAGAUGGACAGACUACAGCUAUCCGAAGAUGAUUCUGAUGAUCUCUGGAACUCGCCAUCCAAGCGUGGAAAUAAUCGUCAUACCCCAAAGGUGCUGAAAGAAGAGAGCUUGUCGCCUGAACCAACAAAGGUCCCCCAUGAUGGAGAAACGCUGUUUGACCGCCAAGAGGCGCGUGAAGCUGCUCUGCGCAGUGAAUUGGAAAGCGUUCGUAAGAUCAAUCAGGUCAUUGAGGGUCUCCUUGGGAGCCUCGACCGUGCCAAAGGAAACAUGGAUACUGUCUCACAGACGCUUGAUUCUGCCUCCACUCUCUUAAAUACCUGGACACGAAUCCUGUCCCAGACCGAGCACAAUCAGCGGUUGAUUCUCAACCCCAAUUGGCAAGGUGCCGUUCAAGAUGUGGCCGACUCGGAACACGAGGAACUCCUCCGGCAGCAGGCUGCGGAGAGACGGGAGCGGGAACUUCAACAACAGAGAGAAGCCGCUGCCCGUAAGGCCGCGGAGGACGAAAGAAAGAGAGCUGCCGCUGCAAGCGCCAGAGGCACACGCGGAUCGAGUUAUGGAAGAGUGCGCAGUGGCUUGGGAAGGACUCCCGGCCUUGCGCGACGUUGCCUGCUUGCAACUUGCCAUGGACUCAUCCUUCCCAGCACAAUGAAUUUCGCACCCUACCAGGACGAAUCGCCCGAGGUGGAACGGGCAUUCUCCCCCUCGCUGGGCGAGGCGCAUCGUCCGAGACCCUCUAACAUCCAGUCCCCGCGCGGUUCUCCAGCCCCUGCUCUUGCAUCCCCCGGACUUCCAUCCCCGAGCCACUUUGCCGGUGCAGGCAGCAUCAACACCAGUGGACAUGGAAACACUGGCUUCGGAAAUGACCUCGAGGGCGGCCGUUUGAGUCUGGGUGCAUUUGACACCAGCCUCCCCAUCCGCAUGGACGUCGAAGCAAUGCUGGCAUAUCUGCUUCUGCCUCCCGCGGGUGGUGUAUUCCUCCUGCUGGUGGAGCACAAGAGCGAUUACGUACGGUUCCAUGCGUGGCAAUCGAGCAUGCUCUUCACAGUCAUGUUUAUCAUCCACCUUCUCUUCUCCUGGUCAAGCUUCCUGUCCUGGCUCUUACUGAUGGGCGACCUUGCAAUGAUUGGGUUCUUGAGCAUGCGUGCUUAUCGCGACGUCGAUACGCUCGAACACUUCGAGGUCCCCAUCUUCGGCCGCCUGGCUAACUCAUUUGUUGAUGACGAAUAAACCUAAUUAAUUCUAAAGCGCGAAUCAGUCGGUCGAUAAUCCUCGUUUUCCGGGGGCGGUGGUCUUAUCUUGCGUCCCCAGAGCAUUUCAUGCAUCAGGAGAUUUGUCCUGGUCCCUUGUACAGUGUCGGAAUUGAGAACAUAUUCAUAGGUUUCUGUGUGCAUAGCCUUAGCUUUCAGUUUGUGUGUGGCUGUGGAUGCUGCAUGUCAUGUCUCUUUAAUACUCUAAUCAAGCGG